GUUCAUCGUUUCUACUGUCUAUUUGUCACUACCCUAUUUGCACAAGACAAGGAAGGAUAUGGAAAACUGGGCUGAACUUUGUAGUGACAUUCUUAGAUUGAUUGUGGAUCAGUUUUCGAAAAUCGAAGAUAUUGCUCAUUUUGGUGCGGUUUGCCGGCCAUGGCGAGCAGUUUCAGUUGAAAAGUGGCACAUCUCUAUUGUUGAUCCCUGGUUGAUGCUUGCAGAGAAGGAAGAUAGUGAUGAGCGUGGCUUCUAUAGUCUCUGCACCAAAAAGGUUUACCACUUGAAAUUGCCAGAAGCCCACGGUAAGAAGUGUUGGUCCUCCUAUGGUUGGUUGAUAACUUUAGGCCUUGAUUUGGAGAUGCACUUAUUAAACCCCUUUUCUCGAUCUCGGGUUUCAAUUCGGUUUCCACCUCCACCAGGACUCCCUAAUCAAUACGAGCCUGGAAUAGAUGCAGAAUUUUACCGUCGGAUUUUUAUACGUAAAGUGAUAUUCUCUUCGAGACCAUCUAAAAGAACGCCUUGUGAAGAUGAGGAAAAAUGCGUGGUUAUGGGGAUAUUUUCUGAAUGGAGGAAAUUAGCUUUUUUGAGACUAGGAGAUGAAGCUUGGACUCCUGUAUACACACCUAAAGGUGAUGGUAUCACUGACGUCGUGUAUUUGAAUGGUCAAUUCUAUGGUUUUAGUAAUAGAGGGAAAUUGGUAAUUGUUGACAUAUCUAGUCCUGAUCCAAAGACAAUUGAAAUUGCUGGAUUACCAGAGGGUCGUAGCGCUGCUGGGGAUUUUUAUCUUGUGGAAUCAGUAGGAGAACUUUUUAUGCUUGCACGGAGUGUUUAUAUGGGCUAUGUGGGCUAUUAUGAGGGAGAUGAGGACGAGGAUGUGUCUUACAUUCAUGAAACAGAUGAGUUUGAGGUUUACAAGUUUAAUUUUGAUAACAUGAAUUGGACACUGGUGAAGAACUUAGACAACCGUGCAAUUUUUGUAGGUGUUAAUGCUUCUUUUGCCAUCUUUCCCUCUAACCAUUCAGGAUGCAAACCCAAUUGUAUCUAUUUCACUGACGAUAAUCCAUAUGGUCUUGUGAAAGAUAGUCUUCUAGAAGGAGCUGGUAAGGACAUGGGAGUGUUUGGAAUGGAGACUGGGAAAGUGGAUUAUUACGAUAAGGUUCCAGACAUGCUAAGUCGAAUUUGUGCACCUCUUUGGAUUUGUCCUUCGCCAUAGAGGAAACUUGUAUUUGUGCACCUCUUUAAAUCUGUUGUUUUGUAAUGGAUAAUUUGUUUUCUAUUUAUGAAUAUUGUUUGAAGGAGUAAAAUUAUUAUUUUUGGAUUGAUUAGCUA